UUUUCUUUUAGGGGAGAAAGAAGAAAACACCAACAAUGGCUGUGUCACCGGCAGUCACGACAUUGUGUGAGAAUCCAAACGAAGUGUUUCUCGACGCCGCCAAGUUGUUGCUCACGUACGCGGACAACAUUUUGAGGUAUCCUAAUGAGGAAAAGUACAGAUCCAUCCGCAUCGGCAAUCCAACUUUCUCCACCAAGCUGCUGCCCAUCAAAGGAGCUGUCGAGUGCCUCUUUGAGAUGGGAUUUGAGGAGGCUGAGACCCACCUGGUGUUCCCGAGGUCUGCAUCGGUGGAGCAGCUGAAGAUCAUCAGGGAGUCCAUAGCAGCAGAGAGGGAUCAGAGGCUGCGUGGAGGACAGCCUGUCCAACCCACCGCUCAGGCCACUGUGGCCUCAGCACCAGAGACCUCUGCUGCCGCUGCUGCCGCCACAACCUCCAGCCAGCCACUUACAACACCUCCACCAGCUCCAUCACAGCCAACAUCAUUGGAGAGCAGUAUGAGCUUUUUUGUGACUCUCCAGUCAAACUUCCAGCACGUGAUGCUGUAUGAAAACCCCGAGCUGCAGCAGAAAGCCAGGAGCUCCAUCCCUCACCAGCAGCUGACCUCUGCAGCUGAAGACAAACUGAACGAGGCCAAAAAGGCCGAUCCAGAAUGUAAACUUGGAUUUGAAGACUUCCUGGUGCUGGAGUUGCUCAGGUGGUUCAAACAGGACUUCUUCUCCUGGGUGGACAGUCUGCCCUGCAGCCGCUGCGGAGGCAAAACCCAGAACAGCAGCUCACUCAGUCCCACUGCAGAUGACCUCCGCUGGGGAGCCCAGCGAGUGGAGAACCACUACUGUCAGAGCUGCCAGCUGUCUACCAGAUUCCCCAGGUAUAACAACCCUGAGAAGCUUCUUGAAACCAGGAGGGGGCGCUGUGGGGAGUGGGCCAAUUGUUUCACAAUGUGCUGCAGAGCCAUGGGCCUUGAGGCCAGAUAUAUCUGGGACAGCACAGAUCAUGUGUGGACAGAGAUUUAUUCUGUUGCUCAGCGCCGCUGGCUGCACUGUGACUCUUGUGAGAACACUUGUGAUAAGCCUCUACUGUACGAGGUCGGCUGGGGGAAGAAACUGGCCUACAUUCUGGCUUUCUCUAAGGACCAGGUGGUUGAUGUGACCUGGCGGUAUUCCUGCAAACAUCCAGAGGUUUUGUCGAGGAGGACCAAAGUUCAGGAGGCCUGGCUGUUGCACACCAUUAACGGGCUCAAUGCCUCGAGGCAGCAGUCCUUGAGUCCAGACAAGAAGAAGGUGCUGACAGAGAGGCUGCUUGUCGAGUUGGUGGAGUUUAUUUCACCCAAGAAACCAAAACCAGGAGAGCUGGGCGGACGUAACUCUGGCUCUCUGGCCUGGAGGAUAGCACGGGGGGAGACCAGAGGGGCUGAUGAAGGGUCCUCCACACAGGCUACAGCUUUUGUGUUCACCCCGACUGAGAAAGAGAAGAGUGACCGGUUACUGCAUGUACGCUACAAUGCUGCCAAAGACCAGUACUGUCGAGUGUCCAACAACUCUGAGGUCAUUCACAGCUGGGAUCAGUGUGUGUGGACGAAGGAGUCGGUCUUCAGAAAGGUGGAGAAUGACUGGCAGAUGGUGUACAUUGCUCGAACAGAAGGAUCCUCUAAGGGAAAAAUCAGCUGGAAGUUUGACUUUGCUCCCGCGGGACUGAAGAUAAAGUCCGUCUCAGUCAUGGCAAGUAGCCAGACCUUCCACUCUGGGAAAGUCUGCUGGCACUCGCAGGCAGGCCAGAUUACUACAGAGUUCCCUGGAGAUGGGAACACGCAGUCCAUCCAGAGUCUAUGCGGCUCCUCUGAGUUCAUAGUUGUAGCAGGACUCAGCGGUGGAGAAGGGGAGACGUCAUGGCAACACUCUCAGCUCUUUAGACAAAGCUUGAAGCAGACAGAAGAGUCUUCAUUUGAAAUCCUCAUCCACUUAGAAGACGCUUAGCACUUGUUUUACUCAACAGAAACCGAACCCCCAAUAGACCUUUUGUCACAUCAGCCAAUUUGACAUGAAAUAUUAGGAUCAAGGAAAGUGUUUCAAAUGAUAAUCAAGGUUCCUUAAGCCCCUGUGUUUACUGUUUCAUGUCAAAUUGGCUGCUGUGAAAAAGGUCUGUUCCUUUUCACUAUUGACUGCUCUGACAAGUUCAAAGCUAAACGUUUGGCCGAUAGUUUUAUUUGAUAAAUAAGUGCAAUAUUUAAAUUAGUGUCACUCUUCUAAGAUGAUUUAAAUAUGCAUGGCCUAAUGGAUAAUUGAAUGAAAAAUGAUUUACAGAUGCUGUCACACAUUGAAUUUGAUGAAGGGCCAAACGAGACAUGCAUUUACAGGUACACCUGUAAAUAGUUUUAGCGUGAAGCCAUAAUUUUUUUUUGUAAACAUUUGCCUCCACUGUGAAUGUUGUAAUAUGUGAUGCAUGGAGACAAUCCCACACAGCAAACUAGGGUUGAUUUGCCUUGUCAACACAGGUUGCUGCGGUUCUCCUGCUUGUAUUAAAGGUAAAGUGUGUAGGAUUUAAUGGCAUCUAGUGGUGAAGUUGCAGAUUGCAACCAACUGAAUACCACUCGCCUCACUCUCCAUGUUCCAAGCAUGAUGGACAAACUACAGUGACUCCAUAGAAGAGGACCCGCUCCCUCUUUAGUUAUAAAAGGCUCAUUCUAAUGUAAUCCCAAUAUAAUUGUUGUUAUUUUCAGGUUAAUAUACACAAAUGAAAACAUAAUUAUGGUUACAUAUUCCAUUUAUGGCAGUAAUUCCCCUUAAAUGUUACACACUGGACCUUUUAAACUGUAAUUAUUAUUGGUGAGUGUGUCAUUUGAUACUUUGGUUAUGGUGUUUUUACACUUUGCCAUGCCCAGUUACAUCCAUGUCUGUAAUUAUAAAUGAAUUAAUGUUGUUCGUGUCGAUGUGCUGGAAAGGGCUGAAAUAUAUGGUGGUCUAAAUAAAGAUAUUUUCGCAGUC